AGUUGGGCCACCGGACUUGACCUCGAGUGUGCCGAGCAGCACCCUAUAAAUGGGCAAAACGCCGGUUCUGGCGGGAAUCUUUUCGGGGGUGUAUGCGUGGGCGACAGUGACAGUGACGGCGAUAGAGAAGAAAAUGAGGCGUUUUCUGAGGACACGCAAUCGUCUCACACGAUUUCAUAUUCCAAUAAUUCAAAGUUCGGCACCAUGGGCCUUACCGAGGGGUUGGGUGCAGGCUGGGUGUUGCCUCAGGAGCACCGGUACGCUCAGCGCAUCGGGGAUGCGGGGAUGGACAAUUAUCCAGGAGCGGCUGGUUGUGGAGAGGAUGGAGAAAAUGUCGGAGAGCUUCUGAACGGGCCGUUGGCUGGGAUUACCCGUUUGCUAUCGCGUAGACGACAGAAUCCAACGCGGUCUGAGGUCACGCUGAAGGUACCUGUGAAACUGGAGUACACUAAAGAAAGCAUAAACGCACACGUCGACGCUGCGUAUGAAUUUCUGAGCGCGGGCCGGCGCGACAAAGCACACGCUGUGGUCGACAGCUUCUUCGAUAGAAUUGCACCACGUCUGGUACAUGCACAGGCUCAGCAGAAUGCCAGAGAUGUGUGUAAUAACACGUCUCACAGCGAUACCAAACCACCGGGCUCCUGUGCAUGCACCUGCAGUUUCAGACACGCACCCGAUGUUUCCAGUACGACUGAUGUGGCUAUGCGAGAGGCGCAUGCGAGCGUGCAUCGCAUGCUGCACUUGGCUGUGUUGGUAUUGAGGGGCACACACGCCGAAGCACCUACGCCUGGGACAAACAAUAGACCUGCUCGCCCCGUACGGUGUGCGGGGUGUUUGACUCUACGGCGAUACGUGGACAUUGUGGUGGAAGCGGUGCCGCAACAGGCGUCGGUGGCAAGGUGUGGCAUGUGGUUGUUUGCAACAGGUAUAUGGCUUGGAGUGUUUAGGAAGGGUGUGCGCGUGGCUUCGUCUAGCAGUCGAGUACGAAAUAUCAGUAUUGAAAGCACGAAGCUAGCUCUUGUCUGCGUGUUUAAAACGAGUCUAGAAGAGACAUACACAAUGUGCUUUGGGUGA